UCUGGAUACUCCGGACGUUUUAUGUACAUAACUAAUGAUGCAGUUGGUUAGGAAGAUAUAGACCUUGAAACAACAGACACAAUGUUGAGGACUCUCCUUGUUUUGCUGACAUUCACAGUGUGCCAAGGAAAUGAACAGACUUGUGCCUUGCAUUUUGACAUGCAAUAUGGAGGUUUGUUCGCUGACUGUACUGGAAGAAAACUUCUACAUGUUCCAGACUACCUUCCGGAAAAUAUAACAGCUCUGGAUAUGAGUGAAAAUAAUCUGAACAUUCUCACAAAUAACACAUUUUACAAGUUUAGGAAGCUCAUCUACCUUAAUAUCAACAGAAACCCGCUGUCAGAGUUUGAACCAGAGGCAUUCAGGGGCUUGUUUAAUCUCACUAAACUUCUCCUUGCUCGGAACAAGCUGCGAUCAGACAAUGUGUCUUUCCCUGAGGAAGUCUUCCGUGACCUUGUGAGUUUGCAAACUCUAAAUCUUGAAAAGACUGAAAUGAGUUCAUAUCCGGAUUGGGUGUUUCCUCCUCUCGUCAAGCUCCACAGUCUGUAUAUCGACUCAGUUCCUGAUCCUUUGUUUGGUCCAGGAUUCUCCAACCUAACAAAUCUGAAAGUACUCCAGAUGGACUCCAGGUUUAUAUAUGGAGGCGAAUGUUCAACAGAAAAAUUAAGAAAUGAAACAUUUCAGAGUUUAAAUGAAACAAAGCUUGAGGUUUUGGUUUUAAAUCAUUGUGGUAUAGAAGACUGUGAGCAAGGCGUUCUGGAGCCACUAUUGUUUCUAAAACAGUUGGAACUAACCAACAAUCAGAUAGGAAUCCACAACGCUUUACGUCUUCUCUAUCCCUUCGUAUAUCUGAACAUGACCAGGAUUUGGUUCAAUAGUACAUACAAGAACAGAAUGCACGAUGAAAAAGACCUUGUCGAUAGAAGCCUAACUAAAGAAAGCAUGCAUUAUCUGAACAAAAUAUGUGUCACUGAAGUCUCUUUGAGAAGCAACCAAUUAUACUUAAUCGAAUAUGCAGCAAUCUACCAAGAUCCAUUUGAAAGUUGUUUGAAAGUUCUUGAUGUGUCUGACAACAUUUUUGUUGGGGAUAGUGUUGCACUAUUUUUCCUUUUUAGAUUUUCCCACCUUGAAUAUUUCGAUUGCAGCUUGAAGAAAAUAGACGGUGACUUUCCAAGGACUCAAAGUUAUGAAACAUUAGGUCCAAACACAACAAUAACAUUGCCUCCUAAAAUUAGAUAUUUUGGUGUAACUGCCGUUUCAGGAUCUUCAGUCAUCAUACAAGACAUUGUAUUUCAAAACACACACAACCUGGAAACUGUUCUCCUGGCUUCUAACUUGUUGUUUGGUUUAAUGCACAUUAGGGGUUUAGAAAAUGUUGGCAAUGUUGAUUUAUCAGGAAAUAAGUUUGAUAAUGUGUUUGAUUUUCACUCAUUUGAAAACGCAACACAUUUGUCAUUACGAAAUUGCAAGUUACAAUUUGCCAAUAAAUCCUUUAGUGAACAUAGUGUAUUCAGUCCUCUGAAAUCAAUACAAUACUUGGAUGUUUCAAUGAAUGAACUGACUGAUAUAUCACUUCGUCCAAUUUCUAAUACAAUCGUUCAUCUAAAUUUAUCUCACAAUGAGUUUGACAUCAUUCCUAUUGAAACCAUUGAAUAUCCACGGCUUAUCCUUAUCGACAUGUCCUUUAACCUGAUUGGACAGUUGGAUAAAGGCACAAGAUCAAAACUGGAUAUGUCAUUUGAAAAGAACAACCUCAAACUUAUUUUCAAAGGGAACACCUUUUCUUGUAGCUGUGAAAAUCUCGACUUCAUUCUUUGGUUGGUGGAUACACCUGUCAUUUACGAGACUGACAGGAACUUCCCUUGCAUUCUGGAUAAUGGCACAAUGACAGGAACUGUGGAUGUGGCCCAACAUCAUGACAGAUUGUUUCACUACUGUACAGGCAAACUGAUGCUUAGCAUCACAGUUACAUUUAUGAUUGUAAUGUUUACUUCAAUUAUUGCUGUAUACAUAGUCUCCAAUAAUCCAGUGCGAUAUCAUAAUGCUUUGCUGAAACUAUUUGGGUUGGGCAUCCAAUAUUUAACAGCCAAAGAUUUUGAUUUCACCUUCUUUGUUGCGUAUUGCGAGGCUGACAUUCCUUUCGUCUAUCGGAAAGUACGACCAGAGCUGGAACUGUGUAAUCAGCCUGUGCCUCUGUUUCUGAAGGAUCGGGAUGUUCUUCCAGGUGUUCCUAUCGCCGACGGUAUUAUUUGCGGUAUCACUAACAGUUGGAAGUCUGUUCUGGUGAUUUCAGAUGACUUCCUUCAAUAUGAUUCUCAGUGGUCCCAAUUUACCAUUGAUGCGGCCCUUUACUCGGUAACGAGUCUGAUUCCUAACCGGAUUUUUGUGCUACUUGUGGGCCCCGUACAGGUGGAGCACCUACCUGAGCGUCUGCUGAAUGUUGUAGAGGAGAAGUGCAUAUUGCGUGUAGAGGAUUACCAGGACGACGGAGACGGGACUCUGUGGAAGGAUCUCAGAUAUACCGCUGGAAUCUAACGUGUUGAAAGUUAUUAAUAAGACGUUGAUGACAAUUGAUAAUUGUGAACAUAUCUGCCAUUGUUAGUCUGGAACAACCACCGAGUAACUGAAAUCCGUGGCAACAAGAGAAGGACUAAACACAGUUCAUAAUUAUAGGAAACAUCCAUUUCCACUUCCACGAUUAUAGACCGACAUCUUAUUUAAGUGAUUAAUGUGAUCCGCGUCUUGAGAUUAAUGUCGAUUUAUGAUGUCAGUUGAUAGAAAGUAUCUGUUUGUUUCAGCUUUAGAUGUAUAUGUGUAUAGCAAUGUCCCGGUACAUUUACUCUACCAAAUAUCCUUUGU